ACAAGAGCAGCUCAUUCAGCAGCACAGAGCAAAGCAAGACUUUGAGUGCAACCCCCAUUUUUUUCGCUGCGGUGCGUGGUCCGAAAUAUCUGUUUUGUUUAUUGCACUUUUCGACCCGCAAAGUCGCUUCUUUAGGGGAUAAAGUGUACCCAAGGUUAAGUUUGUGUGCGAAUCUAGUGUUUGCGUGUAAAUUCCACAGCGGAAAAUAGUGCCAAAUGGGGAAAAAGUGCGUUUGAAAACGGUGUAAAAUCUCUCCCCUUUCAUUUCCUUCGAAGAUCCAUCACCCAUCAAUAAGGGCACAGCAAGAGUAGAUUCGUCGUCGUCUUCGCGAGGAGCAGAAAGAAGACAGGAAAAAAAACUCGCGGGUGACUUGAAACCAGAGAUAACAGGAUAUUAUUACUUUUUUUGAAGUGUGCGAAAUACAAAACGACAUGGUGAAAAUUCGUCUAAUAUGGAGUUUUCCAGUUGGGCUUGACAGUGUGACCGGAUUAUAGUGCGCGAUUCCGUCUCAAUCGUUAGUUGGUGCUGUUUUCUGGGAGCAGCCAUUUCUUCUUUCGGUGGCGGAGCGCGUUUCUCCGCGAGAGGUUCCCUAUUCGUGUGUGAGUGAGACCAAAGCAGAAUAUUCAACAACAAGAAGCAAGAAGUCAGUAGUGAAAAACGCGAGUUUCAGGAAGAUUUUUAUUCUCACGCACACAGCCCGGAGGGCACGGUGGUGAUUCUGCUUCUUCUGACCAAGAGUAGAGUGGUUCGGCUGGGGAGUUGGGUUGGUAGAAGAAAAUAAUAUAACAGUGCAAGAACACAGCGGUAGCCCGCCUGUCUCAGAGGGGGGAAAGCGGGAACGGUGCUGCUAGGCCACAUUAUUGGAUAGUGCAUUGGAUUAGCGGAAGUGUGCUCUCGGUCGAGAGCUGGUUGGUUGAAGGUGGCGAGAAUGAUAGUUUCAGCGGUGACGAUACCAGCAGCUGCUUCUUCAUUCUGCCAGUAUAGUAGUGAGUGGCAAACGUGAGCGCAAGUCUGCAAGCAAUGGAUGGAUUUUUGGGAUUCGUCUAUCACGAUGGAUUGAGUGUUGAUAGAUUGUAGCAACCGGAAGGAAGGAAUCAUUUCCAUUCACAAUGUUACUAAUAUCUGGGAAUAGGUUGCCUUCGAGAUAAAAGAGAGAAAGAUCUACAACAGUGACGGAGGAAAGAUAGUGUAGUGCUUAAUGCUUAAGUGUUUAAAAGUGUAGCAAAGCAAAGUUUAAAAAAAAGAAUAUGGCAACCCCAAACUACAAAGAGCUUAAGCUGCAGUCUCCGGCUGGAGCGGAACCGUUUCUAUACAAUUGGCCUUUCUCGAUCGGCGGAGGGCACGAUAAUGGCAUCGAGCUGAUCGAGAAUGUUCGCUGGGUGUGCGAGGACAUGCCGGAAAUCAAAUCCGCCAUAGAGGAAAUCAACCUGAACGAUAUCGACACCGGAGACUACGACGCUAUGAAGAAUUUGUGCGAUCGUUUCAACAAAGCAAUCGAUAGCGUGUCCGCACUGGAAAAAGGCACCUCCCUUUCGAACCAGAGAUUCACGUAUCCCUCCCGUGGGCUUCUACGGCACAUCAUUCAGCAGGUCUACAAUCAGGCAGUUGUUGAACCGGAAAAACUAAACCAAUAUGAACCGUUCUCACCGGAAGUGUACGGUGAAACGUCGUUCGACUUGAUUUGUCAGAUGAUUGACGAAAUCAAAAUCACCGGAGACGAUGUAUUCGUUGAUCUGGGCUCCGGAGUUGGGCAGGUUGUGCUUCAGAUGGCAGCGUCGACGCCAGUGAAAAUCUGCUAUGGAGUAGAGAAAGCUGAUGUUCCUUCGCGGUAUGCUGAAGGGAUGACUGCCACCUUCAAACUGUGGAUGCGGUGGUUUGGCAAAAAGUAUGGGGACUAUGAACUCAUCAAGGGAGAUUUUCUAGCGGACGAACAUCGGGAAAAGAUUAUGUCUGCGACGAUCGUUUUCGUGAACAAUUUCGCUUUCGGACCGAAUGUUGACCAUCAGCUGAAAGAACGAUUCGCUGAUUUGAGAGAUGGUGCCAGGAUAGUAUCGUCCAAAAGCUUCUGUCCGUUGAAUUUCCGAAUAACAGACCGUAAUCUCAGCGACAUAGGAACCAUUAUGCAUGUGAGCGAAAUGACUCCUCUGAAGGGGUCUGUUUCGUGGACUGGCAAGCCUGUUUCCUACUAUUUGCACAUUAUUGAUCGUACCAAAUUGGAAAGGUAUUUCCAACGCCUCAAGACAAAGGGAAACGAGAAUGAUAAUCAAGCUGGCGGAAGUACAAAUACUAGAGCAACUCGGGCUAAGAAAGAUAAAUGCGAGAAAGCGGUGACAAAUGACGACACUAGCUCUGAUAGUGACGUGGAAGCUGCUGGUCCAGCGAGCAGAAAACCGUGGUCGGAUUGGUGCAGUGGGAAAGAGAAAAGUAGUCAAUCGGAGGAGGAAAACAAUAAUUCACCUGUAUUGCGGAAUGGACGAAUUCCGACAGCAUCGAAAAAGCGUAAAAAGAUCACCAGAACGAAGACAGCGGCCAAGAAAGAUCCUGCUGUACAGGCAGCUCAACAAGCGGCAAAAGAAGCACAGGCUGCUGUAACAAAGCGAAGAGGACGGGUAAAGAAAGGUCGCCAAAGACGGGCCCUUAAAAUCAACGGUCUCGAUCUCUUGCACAGUGAAACCUUAUUGAGUACAUCUGACCAAGCUAUCGGUAAGCGUCUGCCUCCAGCUGCAGGUUGUGUAGAUCAACUGCUUACCUCUUUGGCAGGAGAUAUGCAACACAACGAGCUGAAUAUUCCGGAAGCUCCUUCCGAGACGCCUUACGGUUUGCAAAUAUUGCUAGAUUUGUACAAAACUCAGUUUAUAAAAGCUAUUGAAGCAAUGCGGAAAUCAUCGUACAAAGACAAUGUUCAACACCAAAUCGACCGGGAAAAAGAACGCAAUCAACGUCUGUUGAACCGUGCCGGUCAGCUGGAGAAACAGAUCAAAGUUCUGAUAGAUGACAGUGUUGCCCUUCUGAAGGCUCGGAUGAAUGAACUAGGAAUCAGCACAACCAGCCAAAAUGAUCUGCUUUGCAAAGCGAAGGAAAUCGUCGGUCGACACAAAGAACUACAAGUGAUGGCAGCCAAACUGCAGAACCAAGUUACCUCAAUCGAACAAGAGCAGAAACGAUUGGUGAUGCAGCACGUCCAGAGGAUAGCCGAUAAAUAUAUCAAAACGGAAGAGGUAGAGAUAACACCUAAAACAUCGCACGAAUUGGUACUCAAAGAAAUUGCCAACACACUUUCUCAAAGGAAAAAGCUCUACGCUCAGGUGUCUAGUAUGGAGAACGAGCUGAACGUAAUAGAAAAGAUAGCCGACGAGCGGAGGGCAGCCGCAGCAGUACAAGCAACCAUCGUUACACACCAACGAGGAGAUCAGUCGCUACAGCAAUCAUCACAUCACCAACAGCAUCGUGAGCAAGUUCUUUCUCGAGAACAACCUCACCAGCGUGGGGAAGAGCUGCGACGCGAUGUUCAUCAUUCAACGCAGUCGCAAUCUCAAUCGACGUCCGUCACUGUUCAUGUUACUCAACCGCCUUCAUCAAAGCACAGCUCUGGAUCUUCUAGAUCUCAGAGAAAGUCCCGCGAAAAUCGAACCAGAUCUCAAGAAUGGCCAGAAAUCCCCGACAUUGGAAAGAUAGAGGAAAACAACCCAGAAAUACUGGCACAAAAGAUACUGGAAACCGGAAGGCAGAUUGAAGCCGGAAAGUUACUAGCAAACAGCGCCAGUAAGCAUCAGAAAGACCGGGAUAGUAAAAAUCACCACCUUCAACAACAACAGUAUCAACAACAAUCACAAUUGGCGCUUCAGCAUCCCCAUCAUCCCCAUCCAGGUGAUGCUGCGUUGAUGCCCGCUCCUUCGACCCUAAGUAAAUCGCACCAUCGUGGCAACAAUAGCGCAAAUACUACUGCCAACGUAAACAUACUUAAAACUUAUGUACCUGGUCCAACCGCUGCUGGAGAAAUGGUAGGAGCACCGGCAGGAGGUAAUACAACAAGUGUCAAAGUCGAAUCGCGCGCAAAACUGCAAGAUUCGCACAAGGUGGUGAAUUUCGAAGAUCGAUUGAAAAGUAUCAUCACCUCAGUUCUUCAAGCACCUCCGAAGACGCUCAGCACUGGAGGACCGCUACAACAGCAGCAACCUCCACCGCACCAAGUCUCAACGCAACAUCACUUGCGAGACUUGCCACAACCGAUACUUCUCAGUCACGGAGAACAUGUAUCACCAAGCAAAUCAUCGCCGUACGGAAAAACGGUAUACCUUGCAGCUGGUGCUCAACCACCACCGAAUACGAUGCACAGUUCUUUACACGAUACGACGUCCCGAAGUAGUAGUGGCAAUCAACACCAUCUACCUCAUCCGUCUAGCGGUGGCCCAUCAUCUUCCCAGCCGCCAAGUCAGUAUCCUGCUAUGAUGAACACUGUGACAUCUACGCACCAUCUAAAUGCCACCACUACCAUAACAUCGGCCCCAAUUUCGCCGUAUAAAGGACACGGCACUAGCCAAAGUACGAAAAUAUCACCGAGUUCCAAGUACUAUCAGAAAUCAAUGCCAAUCAACCACCAUUCACCAGGGGCCAACAGUACGCAUCAGCAGAUACUACAACAGCAAGAACGGGAAAGAGAACGAGAACGCGAACUCCGACAAUCUCAAAUGGUCAUGCAUUACGGAUCUCACAGUGGCCAAUCCCAUUCCACAGUUGUGGAUCCACAAAACCCUCAUGUUCAACUACUGCCACUGCGUGGCGCAUUGGACGGUAAAAUGGAAUUCAAAACGCCCGAGCAAUUCCGCUAUGAUCAUCGCAAUCCGAUCGAACCUCCCAUGGCUCAGAGCCAUACACGAAGCUCGUCAGCUACUUCACUGGAUGGCGAAUAUCAUCCUGCUGGGGUAAACGUGCGCUACGUUGGUGUACCCACAAACCCUCAAACGCUGCAACAACAACAGCAGCAACCUCAACAAGCACCUUUGCAACAACAACAGCUGCCCGGAGGUAACAACUCUCGGCCGGGAUCGUCAUCCUCGCAACCGGAUUACACCCAGGUAUCGCCGGCAAAAAUGGCACUGCGACGACACCUUUCUCAAGAGAAACUGACACAUCCGAUACCGCCGUCGACCAGCACCGUAAAGACCAUCGGUGAUUUGGUGAAUGGAGAAAUCGAACGAACGUUGGAAAUUUCCAACCAAUCGAUCAUCAACGCAGCGGUCAACAUGAGCACAUCGGCGGCAGUGGCAGCGGCUGCAGCAGCAUUGCCUGCAGGGCAUACCGUUAUCAAUACCAACGUUCAGCGACCGGAGCGCGUCAGCAUUCGAGUUCUGGAAGAAGCCGCUCUCAAUGGCAGUGCCCAACCAUCAUCAUCCUACAGUCCCAUUUCUCGGCCAAACAGCAGAGAAAUGGACAAAUCGCCCGUACAUAUACAUGGUCAAAGCAAUUUGGCCACACUAGCCCAGGUGGCUACCUAUAAUCACAAGAAGCCAUCAUCGUCCUCAUCGUCUGCCUCGUCGACGGUCAUAUCACCUCGUGGUGGACCUGUUCAGCAAGUCGACAGCCGAGUACAUCCUGUGUCUUCGCAGCAAUACCCACAACAAGGUGCAACGCCGCACUCAUCCGUCGUGUAUCCACCAACAAGGGGAGAUAAGCCGUCCUACCAGCCUUCGGAACGUCCUGCAUCUGAAUCAACUUAUAUGGCUCUUCCGCGAGCUGACAUAAAGCCGCACCUAGAUUCGUACUUUAUCGAUGAACAUAAACGACAUCAACAGCAGCAACAACAACAUCAACUGCAUAGGCAGGAAUCCCAGUCGGUUGGUCCUCAUCAUCAUCCACCUACUUCCCAUCAUCAAACUGGUAGCGGUAUGCGUGCCAUGGGUGAUUUGUAUCACCGCAGUCAUGCGGUUGGAGCGAUUGAACAGUCACACCCUCGCCGAGAACCGGUAGCUUCCCACGUAGUGGAUGAUCGAAUGAACGGUAGUCCACCUUUGGAAGGCUUGGCUGCAUCGUUACGAGCUCGAGUGAUUGCACAGUUGAACAGCAAAGAAGAAGAUGUCGAACGGCACCGACGGACAGACCAUACCGGAUCUGGCAGCAGCAACAAUACCAUACAAUUAGUACAAACACCCCACGUCAAAACCGAGAAAUAUUCAACCGGAAUGAAGCGUACAUCGCCGAUCAUAGAGAAUCCUCCUAGGCCUCCGAAGAUGUUGUACACCGAUUGCUCGGACGCCAUGAUCAAUUCCGACCUACUGCAUGUAGGUCGAAGCAAUUCAGGUCCAUCACGAGGAAUGGGACCGCUUAUGAGUCCCGAAAUCAACUCACUCUCCGCCGUUGACGAUCGGCAGCAUCUGUUGCGUCAUGGCAGGAACGACGUUGACGACGAUGUGGGAGAUGAUGAGUCCAGUUGGCACGAUCGGGUCAGUUCUGGAUUUGACCGACUGGUGGCAUUCGCUUCAACGGAGUUGGAUAAAACUCGAAGGUCCAACGAGGACGCUCCACCUUCAUCGACGAGUUGCACUACCUCACCAGAUUCCGGUAUUAACCAGAGUGACCACAGUCGCACUUUCUUAUCGUCGUCGUCUUCCUCUUCUCAGCUGGACGUUCCACCGAGUAGUUCAAGUGCCGGUAGCGGCAGCAGUGCAAGUAGCGGCCUAAUGAAACACAUUGUGCCAAUCAUAAAAUCAUCACCAGCGGAACCAGUAGAAAGCCCACCGCUUUCGGAUGUAGGCCUUCCGCGAACGCCGAGUCCAUCAUCGAGUCCCCCUCUAAUCUAUCAAUCCGCAUCAGCUGUAUCAUCUGCAGCGCAUAACCUGCUACACGGUGGAAGCAGUUUGAAGAUCCCUUUGAAAUACCAACGUCAAUCUAAGGUACCAUCGGAAAAGCACUACAAGAAAAAGUUCCGAGAGCGAAACUGGGAGGAAUACGAGGAAAGCAUCGGUGGAAGACUCAGUUCCACGGGUAGCGCAGAACCAAUGGAUCAGGACUUUGCCGAUGGGUACGGUGGUACAACGACUGGUAGCGCUACCGGAGGUGCUUCGAUUGGUAUGAGCAGUGGAAAUUCACUAGAAAAUUCACAGCACAGCGACAACCUGCUACAUCAUCACAAGCACAAAUCUGCCAAGUUUCGUCCGAAAGGCAAGGACUGGAACUGGGACGAUGAGCAUUCUAAUACCUCCUCGUCUAGCUCACAUCGACAUCGCUCGGGAAACACUCCUACAUAAUCAUUUCUGUAAACCAGUAAUCUGUAGGUAUCGCCGUCAAUCCUAGUUUUCAAAUUCCAAUGUUACUAUCUUCUGUUAUUUUAAUUGUUUAAGUUUCAAAUCUGGUACGGAGCUCCAAAAGCAAGGUGCAAAAUAAUAGGACCAGAAUUAAAAUCCAUGUGGCCUCUCAUGACGUUUCAAGACAUCGAUGUGACGCAUUCAAAUAUUUAUUUUAGCGUAUUUCAGACAUUUUCUUUGACGUUUGAUCUAAUAUUGAUGCUUUGGAUACAAGAUUUAGCUAAAAUUUAAGGAGUUGUCCAUUUACUUUGGAGCUGCGUACUGAGCUUUAGCGUCGAGUCGAAUUUUAUAAAUUACUAUCUAUAAAUCCUAUUCAUGUAAACCAAUAGUUGAAAUUUACAUUAUAUUUUUUUGUUCAUAUAUGAGACCGUUCGAUUGCUCAAUUCAUUGUAGUAAAACAUAUGACACAACCUUUUAAUGGUUAUUCAAACCUGCCGGAACUAAUAUACAUUUGUUGAAAGACUGAAUUUUAACUAAAAUGAACCCAAACAAAAAAAGAUAAUUACAUGUGUAAUCACCAUCCAGUUACGUAAUUUGUUUGGCAUUAUCAUCGUAAUCACAUACCUACGGCAAGUUUCUAUCUAAUCAGUGCAUUUACUUGACAUGAUAAAAGGUUCUACCAGCGGUGUAUCGUAGACUAAAAAAAUAUAAUUACUAGACUUUUGCCAUUUUUUGUGUGUUUCCGACGUUGGCAAUAUGUCUCCGCUGUCUAUCAUAUGUCGGUAAAUUUUACUUUUAAAUUCCAGGAUCUAGUUUCCGCGUAUGCGCAAUUCCAAUUUUGUGACGAUGUUUUACAGUCAAAAAUAUACAAUGCGUUAUGUCUGUUUGUCUGUACUAAAACUAUGCAACUUGUGUUCGAUUUUUCAACCUCAAUGGAUAGGAAUAGAUUGAUUGUGCUACAUUUCCCCGAAUGUCACUUCCUCGAACGCCAUUUCCCCGAAAUUCAUACUAACAUAUACCCCAUUUCCCGAAUGUAAUUUCCUCGAAUACAAAUCCAAAAAUUUAUAAAAUACCUUGACUGUACUACUUUUCUUAGGUUGGUUUCGCGAGUAUUAAGAAGACAUCUUUGAAUAUUGCAACAAUUAACCUUAAAAGAACAGCUCAUGAUUAAAAGAAGGGAAAAUCUCUGUUCAAAGUAAAUCAAUGGGGCGAGAGUUUUAGUGAGGCGGCGGCAGUACCAGAAGUGGAAGUGUAAAAAUUGGUAAUACACUGAAGUCUUUUUUUACGCGGUUUUUUUUUACACGGUUUUUUUUACACGGU